AUGUCGAACUUCGAUCCUUGUGAGUGCAUUGAUAUUUACAACCAUGAGAAUGCCAUGCGCAGGUUGAUUAACAUGCUCAGAGACUCUCAGAAUGCUUGCACAGACGGUGGUUGUGAGAUAACUCCCAAUGAUCCGGCAAGCCCCAACUGCACUGAAGGCUACAUGAUUUUGAUGCUGGGGUGGGUCGUUGUUGCAACCCUGUUGUAUUUGAUGAGACCAAAAACUCUGCGUCUUCGCGGGGAUGAGAAGCCGGCUCCUUCUUCUGGGGAAGGACCAGGAUCUCCACCAGCAGGACCGUCUGUGCACUAA